GGCAUUGUUGGUAUGAUACUUGUUCUUUGCCUCAUUGUGCACGAGCACAGCGUAAGGAAGACCAGCAUCGUAUGUCUGCGCGAUAUACUGUACGGAGUGGUCGGAGGGAUUGAUUAGGAUUGGGAGCUUGGACGCGUCGCCGUGAAGCUCGGGUGUCUCGAGCGUCAUCGAAUUCCGGGUUAUUGAUUGAAGAGCGAUUACUUGAACAGCGCGGUCCCAUUUAUGUAGCGAACAAGCACAGUGCGGCAAAGAAAGAACGGUCUGGCGACGAGAGCGUUCGUGAAAUGGGACGAUGACACGCCGAACGACGCCAUAACCUCGCAGCAAGUCAAUACCGUCCAUCGGCUUACACUCAGCCCAUGGAACAGUCAUAACGGUGUUGACGAUGGCCUACCUAGCACCCAUACAUCGUCCGUCCUCUGUCCGUCACGCCAUCAACCUUUCCUUCCUGUCACCAACAUCGUCGGAUCUGAUCGUCGCCAAAGCCAACCGCCUUGAGAUUUAUAGCCCCAAUCCGCACCAACCGGACCAGCUCUCCCUUCAAUACACCCGAUCACUCUACGGCAAGGUCACGCUACUCCACAAGCUUCGCCCGGCAACAUCGCAGACCGACCAUCUCUUCGUAGGCACCGACCACUACCAUUACUUCACCCUCUCAUGGGACGCCUCCACCAAGCAACUGCGCACGGAGAAGAGCUAUGUCGACAUCGCCGAGAAGAGCGCGAGAGACAGUCAAACAGGCGACAGAGUGCACAUUGACCCCACUAGCCGUUUCUUAAGCUUGGAGUGCUACGAAGGCGUUAUCAACGUCCUACCCAUUGCCCACGCGGGCAAGGGCAAACGGAAGGCAGCCGAUAAUGAGAUCGGCGAGCUUCAAGACCCCAUACCUGUGCGCAUACCCGAGCUCUUCGUGCGAAGUACAUGUUUUGUGCACAAACGGCAGGCAGGAUCGAAACUGGCGAACCCGGAGCUAGCGGUGUUAUGGGAGGACAGUACGAACAAGGUCCGGUUAAAGGUCCGCGAACUUGAGUUCACACCUUCACUACGGCCAGCGGAAGAACCACCGACCGCAGAGCUAGAGAAGGGAAAGGAUGCACAAGGCGAGAUCGAGCUUGGCGCAAGUCACCUCAUCCCUCUACCACCGCCGAUGUACGGUAUGCUCGUUGUGGGUGAGACGAGGAUUGCCUACGUAGACGAGUGGGAGUAUCGGAUCACAGACACGCAACCGCUGGACGAAGCGACGAUUUUUGUGGCGUGGUGCGCAGUGGAUGAGCAGCGGUAUGUGCUCGCGGAUGAUUAUGGGAAAUUGUAUCUGCUGUUCGUGCUGCAAAACAACACCGGUGAGUAUGCAGGUCAUCGGCUCGACAUACUGGGCCAAACGAGCAGGGCGAAUACUCUGGUCUACCUUGACGCAGGGCGGAUCUUCGUGGGCAGCCAUCAGGGCGACAGCCAGGUAAUACAGAUCUCAGAGCAAAGCAUGGAGGUGGUACAGACGUUUGCAAACAUUGCGCCGAUACUGGACUUCACAAUCAUGGACAUGGGCAAUCGCUCGUCCGACGCGCCCGUAAACGAGUUCUCCUCCGGCCAAGCACGCAUUGUGACGGGCUCGGGCGCUUACAAAGACGGCAGUCUGCGAAGCGUACGAUCUGGUGUCGGAUUGGAAGACGUUGGCAGUAUCGGUGAGAUGGGAGCCCCUGUCUCCGCCAUGUUCAGUCUACGAAGCUCGCCGGAAUCGCACUUCGUCGACACGCUGGUCGUCGGCUUCGUAAGCUACACUCGCGUCUUCCGCUUCGACGUGGACGGUGAGGUGGAAGAAGUCGAUCACUUGGGCGGAUUCGAAUUGGCGGCCGCUUCGCUGUACGCGGGCAACACUUCGGAUGGCCGCAUCGUGCAGGUCACGGGCUCCGCUGUCAUUGUUUCGCAUACAGAAACCCGGACGAUUACGAGCAGCUGGAGUCUGCCGGAUGGAAGGUCGAUCACGGCGGUUGCGGCAGAGGGUGAUAGCCUGCUUGUCUCUAUCGGUGGCGCGGAGCUCGUGGUGCUCGAUCUCAGCAACGUAAGCAGCGAGAGACUGGAGGCACGCACGCGGAGAACCUUCGAAAGCGAGGAGCAAGUCUCUUGCAUUGCUCUGUCCAAGGCGGUUCGGGACGUAUGUGUCGUCGGUUUCUGGCAGGAGAGUAGAGUCGCCUUCCUCUCUCUGCACGAUCUGCAACCAAUCGCCACCGAGAGAGUAGCGGACUCUUUCGAUACAUCCGCCGUUCCACGCAGUGUGGUCCUAGCCAACAUCCUGCAAGAUGCACCACCAACUCUCUUCGUCGGAUUAGCAGAUGGCAAUGUGGUCACAUACACUGUCCAAUCCCCGCAGCAACCCUUUACAUCACGGAAAAGCACCAUCCUCGGCACACAGCAGGCUAACUUCACCCUCCUGCCUCGUGGAGACGGAGUGCUCGAUAACGUCUUCGCGACCUGCGAGCAUCCUUCCCUCAUCUACGGGCAAGAAGGACGAACAGUGUACUCAGCCGUCACGGCGGAGACGGCACAGAGUAUCUGCUCUUUCGACAGCGAAGCCUACUCAGGCGCGAUUGCGAUUGCAACAGAGGAAGGGGAGUUGAAGUUGGCGAUGGUCGAUGAGGAGCGGACGACGCAUGUUCAGACUCUUCGGGUUGGAGAGACAGUCCGAAGGAUCGCUUACUCGACCGAGCUGAAAGCGUUCGGGCUGGGAACGAUCAAGCGUGUCCUCCGUGCGGGCGUAGAAGAAGUCACCAGUUCUUUCAAGUUGGUGGAUGAGGUAGCGUUUCAGGAGCUUCACACUGUUGCACUGAAUGAAGAUGAGCUGGUGGAAUGCGUAAUGCGAUGUCAAUUAGACGACGGCAGUGGGACGGGCGAGACCGCGGAGCGAUUCGUGGUGGGCACGGCGUAUCUGGAUGAUGCGCCGCAGCAGCAAACGAAGGGACGGAUAUUGGUUCUUGAGGUUACCGAGGAGCGGCGGUUGAAGGUGGUGGCGGAGUUAGGGCUGAAGGGUGCGUGUCGGUGCCUUGCGGUGGUGCUCGGGAGGAUUGUGGCGGCUUUGGUGAAGACGGUCGUCAUCUACGCCCUGGAAUACCAGACCCCUUCCCACCCCUUCCUCGUUAAGAAAGCCGCCUACCGCACCUCCACCGCACCCAUCGACAUCUGCGUCACAGGCUCCACCAUCGCCGUUACCGACCUGAUGAAGUCCGUCUCACUUGUCUCAUACAAACCUGGUCGAGGCGGCGUGCCCGACACGCUGUCAGAAAUUGCGCGACAUUACGAGACACUUUGGGGCACUGCGAUCGCAAACGUCGCCGAGAAUACCUACCUCGAGGCUGACGCUGAAGGUAACCUUGUGGUCCUACAGCACGAAGUUAACGGAUACAGCGACGAGGAUCGACGCCGCUUAAGGCCCGUGAGCGAGAUGUUACUGGGGGAAAUGGUGAAUCGCAUCCGCUCCAUCUCUGUCCAACCUACUGCUACCGCCGUCGUCGUGCCUCGCGCUUUCCUUGCAACAGUGGAAGGAAGCAUAUACCUCUUCGCGCUGAUAUCACCCGGCAAACAGGACCUGCUUAUGCGACUGCAGGCAUUACUUGCAGAACGGGUGAAAUCUCCGGGCCAUGUACCUUUUGCCAAAUGGCGAGGUUUUAGAAGUCAAGUCAGAGACAUGGGAGGCGAAGGGCCUACGAGAUUUGUCGAUGGGGAGUUGGUGGAGCGGUAUUUGGAGGCGCCGGUGGAGGUGCAAGUAGAUGUUGCGAGUGAGCUGGGAAGGGAGGUUGAGGAGUUGAGGGGCAUGGUUGAGGGGCUGAGGAGGAUGCAUUGAGGUGCUCUUCGCACUAGACUAACUGGAAAUGAUGUCGUUACGAAAGUGACGAAACUGUUACUCAACGAUGCUAUGGCGUAGAUCGAUGUCUCCAAUCAGCGAAUAUGGGAUAUGGUAGCCUAUUAGAGGAGAGAGGCCAAAGCCCGGCGCAUUUGGUUUGUUCAUAUAUUUUGGAAAAUCUUACAUUGCCAG